UGCUGUGAAUCCGUGAUGUGGAAGUGCAAAACAAUAUGGCCGCUCGCUGAGGUGCACGGUUGUCAAAAAUUUGAGAACGGUUGUUUUGAAACGCGUGAAUCACUUGAAGAUACUUGAACUUUUUUCCCUCCCCUCCUCUGUUCUGAAGAGAGUUAUCGUUAUCCCGCCUAAGAUAGAGCGAAAUAAUGUUGACGGCAGCAGCGAGCAUAUCCAACAAUGGCUCCUACAGUGUCGAAAGGCCGCCUACCCCAGACGGGGAUCUUUUCGAUACGAUGGAAAUUCCUUCCUUCAUGAGUGGCUUAUUUCACCCCGAAUACAAGAAACAUGACGAUCUUAAGGAGAUGCUGGAUAGCAACAAGGAUGGACUUAAAUUGGAAGCCAUGAAACGUAUAAUUGGGAUGGUGGCCAAAGGAAAAGAUGCAUCAGAUAUGUUUCCAGCUGUUGUAAAAAAUGUAGUAUCCAAGAACAUUGAAGUAAAGAAGUUAGUAUAUGUUUAUCUAGUUCGUUAUGCAGAGGAUCAACAAGAUCUGGCACUUUUGUCUAUAUCGACGUUUCAACGAGCUCUAAAAGAUCCCAAUCAGCUGAUACGAGCGAGCGCUCUCAGGGUGCUGUCCAGUAUACGGGUCUCCAUGAUAGUACCUAUUGUGAUGCUGGCCAUCAAAGACUCGGCCAGCGAUAUGUCGCCGUACGUGAGAAAGACUGCGGCUCAUGCCAUCCCUAAAUUGUAUUCAUUGGAUCAAGAGCAGAAAGAGGAGUUGAUAAGCGUACUAGAGAAAUUACUGUCUGACAAAACCACCCUUGUGGUAGGUUCAGCAGUAAUGGCAUUUGAGGAGGUGUGUCCUGAGCGAAUAGAUCUUAUCCAUAAGAAUUACAGAAAAUUAUGCAAUUUAUUGGUGGAUGUCGACGAGUGGGGUCAAGUGGUUAUUGUUAACAUGCUCACCAGAUAUGCUAGAACGCAAUUUGUUAAUCCAAAUACAGAUAACGUAGAAGAAGACGAAAAUCGGCCGUUUUACGACUCUGAUUCUGAUUCUUCCAGUACAAAGAAACCAAAAUUCAUGUUAGAUCCUGAUCAUCGUUUGUUGUUAAGGAACACAAAACCCUUGCUGCAAAGUCGAAACGCAUCCGUGGUAAUGGCGGUCGCUCAAUUAUACCAUCAUGCAGCACCUAGAAGUGAAGUUAUGACCGCUGCAAAGGCACUAAUAAGAUUACUGAGAGGCCAUAGAGAAGUACAAAGUAUUGUGCUUCAUUGUAUCGCUAGCAUAUCAAUUACAAGAAAAGGAAUGUUUGAACCUUUCUUGAAGUCAUUCUUUGUGCGGACUUCUGAUCCUACUCACAUAAAGCUAUUAAAACUCGACAUAUUGACAAAUUUGGUGACUGAAACCAGCAUUAGUGUAAUACUGAGAGAAUUUCAGACAUACAUUUCUAGUAGUGAUAAGGAAUUUGUCGGCGCCAGCAUUCAGGCAAUCGGCAGAUGUGCAAGUAAUAUCAAGGAGGUGACCGACAUGUGUCUUAAUGGACUGGUAUCGUUGUUGAGCAAUAGAGAUGAGGCUAUUGUAGCAGAAAGUGUUGUAGUAAUUAAAAAGCUCCUACAAACGCAACCAAAUGAGCAUAAAGACAUUAUUGCUCAUAUGGCUAAGCUAAUGGAUUUCAUAACAGUGCCGCAAGCCAGAGCCUCUAUUCUGUGGCUUCUAGGCGAAUACUCCGACAGAGUUCCGAAGAUAGCGCCAGACGUGCUCCGAAAAAUGGCAAAGAGUUUCGUGAACGAACAGGAUAUAGUGAAGCUGCAAACCUUAAACCUGUCUGUGAAAUUAUGCUUGAACAAUCCCUCGCAGACAAAGCCGUUUUGUCAAUAUGUCUUCCAACUUGCCAAAUACGAUCAGAAUUAUGACAUCAGAGAUCGUGCGCGUUUUCUACGGCAUUUCAUUUUCGAGGAGGAAGGUGACGUGAAGAUGCUUCCACAGUUUGCAAAGAGAGUUUUCCUCGCACCGAAACCGGCACCGACUUUAACGUCCAGGUUCAAAGAGUCGGAAUAUCAGUUGGGCACUCUCUCUCAUUAUCUGGACAUGCCGUGCGUGUGGUAUCGGCCUUUACCGCCUUUCCCAGAAGUUACGCAAGAUCCGUCCGUGCGAGACGUCUUACCGCCUGCGCAAGAGCUUAAAGUAGAGCGCCAUAAUAGGAAAGAAAAGGAGAAAAAGAAGAAGGAAAAAGAAAAAUCAUUUUACAGUGAUGAGGAGAGUACUCCUGCCGAAGAUUCGGACAAUCAAUCAUCUGAUUCGUCAUCCAGCGAAUCUUCAGACGAAGAUAGCGAUUCAUCGGAGUAUACAAGUGAAUCUGAUAAAUCCGAAACGAACAGUGGAAAGAAAAAUGAAACCAAAUCCGAUGAUUCCGAAAGCGAAUCGUCGAGUGAUGAAGAGUCAGAUACUGAAGAUGAAGAAGAUGAUGAAGAAGAGAGCGAGGCUCAAGAGAACGAAGAAGAGAAACUGAAAGUUGUCAAGCAAGAAGUAAAAGAAAAACCAAAAAGCAACUUUGAUUUACUAUUAGACCUGGAUGAUGUUGUUCCAAUGACGCCUGUGAUGACGCCUAGUUUGGGUGGUUUUCUUACUCCAGUUAAUUCAACAAUCACGGAUAAUGUUCGUGAAGUAUCGACGUCGUAUGUUCCGUUAAAAAAGGCUACUUUGCUGAAUAGUAUCACAGGACAUGGUUUAAAAAUUGAGUACAGAUUUACGAGAUCGCAGCAUUUAGUUAGCUCAAAUUUGGUUAAUAUCGAAUUAACAUUUUCUAAUGAAAACAACGAUGUUAUUAAGGAAAUUCAAAUAGGAAACAAAAAUUUGCAAAAGGGUAUGUUUAUACAUGAUUUUACGCUAAUAUCGUCUCUUGAUGCAAACGCUACCUUAACUUCGACGCUAGGCGUUAAUUUUAAUGACUCCACUCAACCGGCCAACUUCAACAUUGACUUCACAAUUAAUGACGAGAAAUAUUCGUGUCCGGUCAGUAUCAAACCACCAAUUGGAGAGAUAAUAAGAUCUGUGACUUUGCCUGAAAACAUGUUCAAUGCGGAAAAGGCCAAAUUAAAGGGUAUGAACGAGCACAUAGCGAAAAUACCGUAUUCUGGGAACAAAAACAUUAUUCCUCAAAAAGUGUUCGAGACUGCCAAUGUCGCAAGAAUAUUUAACGAGGACGAAAUUAUGCGAUUUGCCGCUCAUACUUUAACGUCUAAAUCGUUGGUAUUGGUAACAAUAAAAUUUAUUGACGCCGAACAAUUAGAAGUUUGCGUGAAUUGUGAAAAAAUGGUUAUAGGAUCAAUUUUGUUGAAUGAAUUUAAGAGUAAUUUGAAAUAAAACGGAUAUAUGCUAUUUAUAGGUAUCAAAUUACAGACAUUUUAUAUAUUUAGGCAAUUUUAAUACUCCUCCCUUUGUUAAGUAAAGAUAAAUUUUUCAAAUAUUCCAUUUAAUUUCUAGAUUUAUAUGUAUGUACAAAUAUAUAUAUAUGUAUUUAUCCAGAUAUACGUACAUGUAUAAAUAUGCCUCUACAAGUAUAAUAUAUAAUUAUAUAAAUAUAUAAACAUCCUGUUACGCGCCAAUGUGAUGGUUUUUAUAAUAAAUUCUAAUUACUUUUUGUCA